AUGUACUGGGCGGGCUUUACCAUUGUUGGGUAUGAUGAUGGGUAUGAUGAUGGGUAUGAUGAUGGGUAUGAUGAUGGGUAUGAUGAUGGGUAUGAUGAUGGGUAUGAUGAUGGGUAUGAUGAUGAAUAUGAUGAUGGGUAUGAUGAUGGGUAUGAUGUUGGGUAUGAUGAUGGGUAUGAUGGCGUAUAA